UCCCCAUUGGGCGCGGCGGCCGUCGCUCGCGAGAUUAGGCGGCGGCCGGGCUGUGUCCGCGGCGCUGUGAAGGGAGGCGGAGGCCUGAGGAGAAGGCCCGGGCAGGCGAGGCCAGGCCGACGGGGGGCCGCCGUCUCCUCCUCCUCCGUCCCAGCCGCCGCCAUGACGCUGGAGUCCAUGAUGGCCUGCUGCCUCAGCGACGAGGUGAAGGAGUCGAAGCGCAUCAACGCCGAGAUCGAGAAGCAGCUGCGGAGGGACAAGCGCGACGCCCGGCGCGAGCUCAAGCUCCUCCUCCUCGGCACAGGAGAGAGCGGGAAGAGCACGUUCAUUAAACAGAUGCGGAUAAUCCACGGCUCGGGCUACUCUGAGGAGGACAAGAAGGGUUUCACCAAGCUGGUGUACCAGAACAUCUUCACUGCCAUGCAGUCAAUGAUCAGGGCCAUGGAGACCCUGAAGAUCCUCUACAAGUAUGAACAGAACAAGGCCAAUGCACAGCUGCUCCGGGAAGUGGAUGUAGAAAAGGUCUCAUCCUUCGAGCAGCCCUAUGUAAGUGCAGUUAAGACUUUGUGGAAUGAUCCCGGAAUCCAGGAGUGUUAUGACCGGCGGCGAGAAUACCAGCUCUCCGACUCUGCCAAAUAUUACCUUACUGAUGUGGACCGUAUUGCCACCCCCGGAUACCUCCCAACCCAGCAAGACGUUCUGCGGGUCAGAGUUCCUACAACUGGGAUCAUAGAGUACCCCUUCGACCUAGAGAACAUUAUCUUCAGAAUGGUGGAUGUUGGGGGUCAGAGGUCAGAGCGGAGGAAAUGGAUACACUGCUUUGAAAAUGUCACCUCCAUCAUGUUCUUAGUAGCCCUUAGCGAAUAUGACCAAGUUCUGGUGGAGUCUGAUAAUGAGAACCGGAUGGAAGAGAGCAAAGCCCUCUUUCGGACCAUAAUCACGUAUCCCUGGUUCCAGAACUCCUCCGUCAUCCUUUUCCUCAACAAGAAAGACCUGUUGGAAGACAAGAUAAUGUAUUCUCACCUUGUGGAUUAUUUUCCAGAGUUUGAUGGCCCCCAAAGAGACGCACAGGCAGCCCGGGAAUUCAUCCUCAAGAUGUUUGUGGAUCUAAAUCCCGACAGCGACAAAAUUAUCUACUCUCACUUCACGUGUGCCACAGAUACGGAAAACAUCCGGUUUGUCUUUGCUGCCGUCAAGGACACCAUCUUGCAGCUCAACUUGAAGGAAUAUAACCUAGUCUGACCUUGAUUUACCUACCCUGUUCCCCACCCUACCCCCUCCCUAGAUCUCCUCGGGAGACCUUUUGUCGUGAAGAAAGUAAGACGAGAGAACCCCAUGAAUUUAAAAAAAAUGUACAGGAAAAACUAUCUUAACUUUUAAUGAUGUAAUGAUUGCAAAUUGUCUGAUCUGUGGAGUGGCGAGUUCUUUUGCUCACUGUUAUCUUGGAGUCUCAUGUCUGCCCCACAGAACCGCUGAUUUUUAAACGAAUUUGCUUUUAUUUCUCAGUUUAACAGGGGACACGUUUUGUUUCAUUCUCUCUCUCUGGCACCUUGUUAAUUUCCUGCUUUCUUGCCAACAGUCAAGGCGGCUUCCUCUCACAGGUCGUUACGUUGCGUUAGCCAGUUCUUACUUUCCCUUUCUGUUCUGGUGGUAUAUCAGUCCCAGGCUUUCCAGCUCAGAUCAUGAACUCGCUUGACUAUGGGAGGGUGGAAUGUUACUAGCUUCUCCACUUUGUGCCAUAGGAUUCCUCUGGUGUAACUUGUUCACCAUGACACCUUUCUUCCCCUAGGCCCCUUGGCGCAUCCUCUGCCAAAAGGAUAGCUCCAGGGUGCACCGAGAUGAGAUGAUACCUUGGAAGGAGCAAAUGCUCUCCCAACAGUAGCACAAAUCAAGCCAUCCAUUUCCCCCUCUGUUCUUUGUACCAUUUUAGUCUAGAUUCUUUUUUGUCCUUUAUCAAUUAUGAAAGUUAUAUGAAGACUGUGAUUUUUUUUAAAUUAUUAUUCUAUACAUAGUUUGCUAUACAUGCUGUAUUUUUGUUCAUAGACUACAAACCAAGCAAUAGCUAUCGAGCCUGGGGGAAGUGCCUGAUGUUUUUUCUAAUUGUUAGAGUAAGCUCACUUUAGGGAAAUCUUCAUCCAGUGUGAGAUGUAAAGGCAUCACAGGGGGGUGGUGGUGGUGGUGGUGGUGGUGAAGCCCAAAUUUUGGAUUGGAGGAAAAGUCUGAGGAUCCAGCAUUUAUUAUUAUUUUGGGUAAAAACCUCUCACCCACCUGUGGUGAUUCUUCAAAACGGAGCAAACAGUGGUUGAAUCUGUGCAUUUUAGAGUGUGUGGAGUCUUCACAUGGAAAAGCUUUAGGAAGGGGUCAAAGGCUCUGACUCCUAGCAGAUGCACUUGGGGCCAUCCUGUGUAAACUGCAGCUGUUCUUCUUCCUCCCGCUUGUGAAACUUUGGAAGGCUUUGUUCUGCCGGAAACAUUUGUAUGGAUAUUUUACCUUGGAGGUCACCACAUGUGUUUUUAUGGGAGCAGCAUACACCAAGCCAAAGCCAGAACCAGCAGUGCAGUAUUGAAGGAGAACGCAGCUGCCCUGGCAGUUGACAUCACAGUGCGCAGAUCGAAGGUUCCAGUUCUGGAUUCCUGGUGCCAAAUGUGUUCCUGCGAAACCUCCUUGAAGCCAAAGUAGGAGACAGUGCCAAAAACCCCUUGCUCGUCUGGGAGAAUUAUUGCCACAGGGCAAAGCAAAUGGUGCAGGAGGGAAGGGCAGGCUCUUGAACCAGAAGUGCAGACAACACUAAUGUGACUUUAGGGUCACAAAUUUUCCAGAUGCGACAGAGUACAGCUUGAGACUCUUUAAAGAGAAAAAGGUCAGUUGCCACCACAUGGGCUGCCGAAGGGAGUGUCAAAUGCUUUUUCUCUCGCGUAGAACAACACUAAGUGGACUUCCUUGCACAAGACUUCAUGGGAUCUCUUCUCUUCUCCGAUGGGUCUUGGUCUUUUAACACUAACAAAUCUUGAUUACACGUGGAAACUGGCAUUCCAGAUGGGGUGGGCUUGGAUAGGGGUGCUGCCUCCAGGUCGGAGGGGACUGCUCCAUGCCACAGAACACAACAGCAGACAGUGAGCACAAAGUGUUGCGUUUAAAGGGAUUCCUGGGUACAGUUGCACAUCCAGCAACAUGGGAGUGACAAGUUCUUUUUAAAAAAACUGGGAGACCAAGAAGGAGGAGAAAUCCCCAUCCCAAAGUUGAUGGAGCUGAGGGUAGGGCAGUGGCUGCUUUCGUAGAAUUACCAACAUUCCUGAUUUAUGUCUAAAUGUUCUUGGGGACUGUGAGGGAGGGGGCUUCCCGCUGGGGUCAGGAUGGCUUUUGCAUCAAUCUUGUGUCCUUGCCAAAAACAAAAUCCACUUACUGUUCUGCAAGAAAUGUUCUGUUCUUCAUGUGCCAAUGCCUGGAGUACCUUAUCAUUCAAAUCCCUCCUUUGUUUUUUAUCUGCAGCGUCCACUGCAGGCAUUGGACCUGUAGCCAUGAGAUUGAGAAGCGUGAAAGUCAGCUUCUCAGAUGUCUUUUGGAUUUCUCUUCUCCCCCCCCCCCAUUUUUUUUGGUGGACCUCCCUUCCUGAAUCAGGUUUGGCACCUUGGAUCUGUCAAAUCUCCUUUCUUGCUGAACAGGCUGUUGGUCCACGCAGAGGGAGAGUUUUCGAGUAACUGUCAAUGCCAGUGGUGGCUUUGGCAGAGGGGGGCACUUAAAGUGUCGUGUGGGGGCUGUGCUAGUCCAGUGAGCACUUUCCAGCAACUUCCACCGCCUGCAUGUGAAGCAUUCGUUUGUGGACCAGCUUUUUGGGUGGGCAACUGCUUGCAAUGAAUGUGCCAAACCCACCAAGGCCACCCCUUUCCUGUUUCUCCCGAGAGAAGCUGCUCAAAAGUUCCAAAUGUGCCAGAAGUGAGGAUGCAGAAUAUUGAGAUGAUGCAUAUGUGUGGAAGAACUAGAGUUGAGAUGAAGGAGCAAUCUGUUGACCAAGUUGUGUUCACAGUGCACUUUAGCAAAGAGAGAGAGAGAAAUCCUACUGAAGACACAGUAACCUGUUCUCAAACCUUAUUGUCUGCAGGAAGAGGAUUGUAAACGCAUCAUUCCAUUUCCUUGGAGAAGUUUGAAAUGAUUGGCUGUACAGCGAGCAACUGCCCCUCCCCUUUUGGCCAUGUCUUCCCUUUCCCGGGAAUCGAAUUAUUCGGUCUGUCGUUGCCUUCAAUUGUGUGUCUUUUGUGUGUGUGUGUGUGUGUGCGCGUGUGUAUGUGUUCCCCCAUCAUACAUUUUAUUACUACUUUAAAAACAUGUGCUGUUGGCGUGCACACUGGCCAUUAAUUGUAUUGCGCUUCACAGAAAAGCGAAGGUUGGUUGAGUCCAACAGAGGUUAAAGUCUAUAAUUCAGUACUCUCUCUGUGUGUGCGUGUGUGUCUUUUUUUUAAGCGUUAUGAUUUGUGCCAAUGCCCUGUUCUUUCUUUAGUACCAGAGACUCUUUUACAAAGUACCAGUGUGGUGGAAGAUUAUUUGGUUAUACUUGUGUAUUAUAAGAGAUCCUGAUUUAAAAAAAACAAAACAUUUAAACAUUAUCCUAUUUAAAGAAGGAAGGAAAACUACUAUAUAAAAAUGCUGUUUUUAAACCUUUUUGUCAUUUUGAAAUUGCAUGUGGUGUUAUGCGUGUGGGUGGGGGGGAGGUCUGGGAGGGGGAGGGGAUUCCGAAUUAUGUGGCCCGGGAUACAUUUUGCCCAUGUACUUGUCUCUCUCCAGUCCAUGAGGCAGAAAUGGGGGUUCUCGGGACACUUCAGUUCUCUCGUCUGCUGGGUGCUGGGCCCUCGUUGUUAGAAGUACCUGAUGGAAAUCGAUUUUCAUAUCUUUCUCCUGAAAUAAAUUGUUUGAAAUUGGAAUAAAAUUUGUUCCUUUAGAAAAACAA